AGAAGUUGGGCGCAGUCUCCGCGGAGAUUCUCCUGGAGGUGCCGGAGGAGGAGCUGCAGGAGGUGAUCUCCGCCUCGGAAACACUCCGGGAGAAGGUCCUGGAGUACGUCGCACAGCAGCCAAAGUACAUACAGAGUAAGCACAAGGCAGUCACAGGGAGGCUCAAGAGAAUGAAAAGCCCCAAGCAGUAA